GGGUGCAACUCAGUCUCUUCAUCCAGGUCACUGCUGAAUAGGUUGCACAGAACUGGAUGGAAUACUGAGGAACUGCACUAACUACAGGCCUCCAACCAGACUCUGCGCCAUCGAUCACAACCCUGUGAGCUCUACUAUCCAGCCAGUUCAUGAUCCAUCUCACCUUGCAUUCAUCCAGCCCACACUUCCUGAGCUUGCCUAUAAGGAUGUUGUAAGAGACAGUGUCAAAAGCCUUGCAAAAGUCCAGGUGGAAAACAUGCACUGCUCUUCCAUCUACCCAGCCAUUCAUACCAUCACAGAAGGCUAUCAGUUUGGUCAAACGUGAUUUCCCUUCGCUCAACCCAUGUUAACUACUCCUGAUAACCCUCUUUUGCUGCACAUGCUUUGAGAUGAUGAGCUGUUCCAUCACCUUUCCAGGGAUGGAAGUGAGGCUGAUGUUCUACUUAAUGUCUCCUAAGGACUGUCUGCUAUCUGUGUAUCACAUAAAUGAUGGUGACUGAGACAUUUUAAAUACUUUGUACUUGAGCUUUACAUAUUACACCAACUGCAAAACCUUGUUUCCUGGGGGGGAGCAAGUGGAUACAGAUGGAGGUUGAAGGAGGAGUAAAAGAAGCAAGGUUCUCAUUUGGACCCAGGAUAUUGCAUUCCAGUGUACAUAUAGUCCAUUGCAACAUGGAAUACAAUGAAAUAUGUAUUUUGGACAACAUAAAUGUUAGCUGCAACUUGUUGUUCCUCUUUUUCAACAGUACCACUUUUCAGCCGUCAGUGAUAAGACCAGCAUCUUGCUGCCACCAUCCCAAAAAGACAAAGGUCCCUCACUUGCACAGUUGGAAAAGAUAUUUUGGGAGGGGUAGCAGGAAGAAGGGUGACAGCCUAGUGGUAACCAAUAGUUUGAGAUCUGUCAAAUACUGGAAAAGUAUAUAUUCUAUUAUACUACCUGGGGCAGAGAUGCUGGCUGCUGUACUUCAAGUGAGUCAGUGGACAAAUAAAACUGUGUAUUCUGUCUGGAAUUGUAAAUGGGUCAGUGAUGGAUUUGUAUUACCUGAGGAAAUGAACUGGCUGACAGAGAGGCUUCUGCUUGCUGCCCAGCAAAUGUCAAAUAUAGCAGGAAGCUUGGGGGAAGGGGAGGGAUAGCUGGAGACAAAGGCAGUGUUAAAAUAGCUAGAAUGUCAGUGGAACUCCUCAAAAGAGUGUUUCUGAGGAGUAGGUUGGGACAGGAGAACAAUCUGAUUUUGUUAAUCAGUGUUUUCUUGUCCUCCAGUAGGGUUUCAGCCAUGGAUCCUGCUUUAUAAUUAGAGUUGUGCAUGACGUGGGUUUGGGUCUGCAUGAAGUGAUGAGCUGUUCCAUUCAGCUUUGUUUGGUGGUACAGAUCAUGACUUCUGGUGCUUUGGUUUUAUGGGGUUAAACCCAUUCAUCUGAAUGCCCUUUUUGUCUUCUCCACAUGUCCUGUGCAUGGAAUUAACCCUUUAAAAGAGUACCUGUGGAGCAUGUAAGAUUUCAGGAGGGACUGAGUAGAGGGUUGCAUCAUCCCCAGGGUCCUUUCUAAGCUGAGCUCCUACUGGUUGCGAAAGGCAGGCAGUGAGCUUUGGUUCACUCGGAUCUGAGCCAUGAAACAUUUCGCUUGUCCCUGACUGCCCUGUGGAUUUCUCUUACUCCUAAGCCUUGAAUGUCUACCAAACUGCACACUGUAUUAUGGAUAUGAUCUCUGGCUGAAAGAUUACUCUUCUCACCAGCCAAGUUCAGUCUUUGUCACCAUUGUUAUGACAUAGGUCCAGUCUCUGCACUUAAAGGAGGAACAUGGGUCCAGCAAAGCAUCUUUUCACAUCCAUCUUUCAAGAUGGUGAUAAUCUGUCUUUAUUUUGCCUUCUUGAAGACAUUUUUCAAUAGAAGUCCCAAAGCAGAGGUUUGCCAUUGGGAUUUGUGGUUUCUGAGUGCUAGUGACUUGUUUUCCACCUCUGUGACUACACUGAGAGUGCCUGCUUGUGUUUUAAACCAGCUGUGUUGGCUGGUCUAAUCUCAGAUCUCUAAGAUUAAAAUUCUGCGGUCCCUAAAAUAAUCCAGCAAUUCAUGUGUUCCCAUGGUUUAGCAUGGUUUAGCUGUCGCCAGUUUAUAAGCUGUAUUUAGCCUCUGUAAGAACACCAUGCUCUUUGCAAAGUAGCAUUGGUCCUCUGUAAAGCAUGCUUACAACUCACCAGCUACAGCACUGUAAGUGACCAUGGAAUGGAGCAGGUACUUCAGGGCCAAUGGCAAGACUGCUUUUAAAGGCACAACAGCCUGCACAAGUCUGUUUCAGGGUUCAUUCAAGGGCAGAUGGCCAUUAGGAGAUAAUCUCUUCUGUCUUCAGUCCCAGUUUUGCUCUUUCCUACUUCAUGGUGUAGCAGAGUAUGUGGCUGAGUUUGUCAUAUCUGAUUUGCUACUGGCAUGACCCCCUUUAAAACAGCUCUGACUUUUCCUGGCAAGAAAGAGAUCUUUGCUAGGGUUAUGCCAGCCUGAGGAGCCUGCUCCUCCCCCUUUUCCUUUCAGGGUGAGGCUGGUAAUGCAUCCUUUGUGGAAAGAGCUCCUAGAAGAUGUUAUUUGCAAUGUAUGAGAAGGAAUUAGGUUGUUUCUGGAGUACACAGGCAGAGUGCUGCUGUGUUCUUCAGCACCACCUACUGACAUCUUCCUCUCCCAAGUCCAUGUACAUGGGGGUGUGCCCUUCUCUGAACUCACAGGAACUGGAUUUCUUGAGGUAAUCAACAAUACGCUCUUGGUUUGAAAUUAGAAACCCCAGACCUACUGCUUUCAGUUGCAUUAUGCCAUAUGGGGAGUGGUAAGGAGUAUGGUACAAAAGCCAAGUUUCUUGGCUCUGGUAUCUGUUUUCCUAGUUUGGGCCAGCCCACUUGCCUCUUGAACACGUAUGUCUGUGCAGAAGGGCAUUGAGAGGUUGGGUUGUGUCAGUGAGGUGGAUGACUUGGCUUGUUUCAUGCUAACAUACAGUAUGAGAACCAAGUAGCAGACUACUAUGCUGUUCCAUCUUCCUCUUAAAUUCUGGAAAGAUUUAAACAGAAUUUUCUUUUCAGAUUUUGACUGUGAAAAUGGUUUAGUGCUUGUGUCUGUGUGUUUUCAUUUUCUUUUUCUUCUUCAGCUUCUGGUACAAAAGGAAAUUAAGUUUAUUCUGUAAAAUAAAGGAGCCCAUAUGAUCAAAAUGGGGUCCCCCUUCCUAGGAAAAUGGUUGUUUCAUCUUGUUAACACAUGGCCAAAGCAGUUUUCUGUUUAUUGACUCUGGUGAAUCACAGGACAGUUUGACAAAACUGUUAGCAUAUCUGUAUUUGCACCUCCACAAUUACUUAUGUGCACUAAAUUAAGCACUUGCCGUACUUAACAAGGGAAAAAGUUCUACUCCAACCAUUUAGUUGUUCAGAUUCUCACAAUAUUUAGAGUAUUUUGAUUUCUGUAGGAAUUAAUAAUGUGCCAUGAAAGUAAUUCAGAAGAUCAGAAAAACCCAUCCUAGUCUUGCUUAGAGAAAAAGCAUUUAACAUUCGAGAGCCUUCUCACAGGUGAAGUUCUUCAUCCUCAGACUAAGUUGCCCAUGUUCUGUACCAUGUAAUGCCUCACAUCCAGCCUUCUGGAAGGGAAGACAAAAAAUGCCAGAAUCAUACUUUGUAUGACUCUUUCUCGAUUUGUCUUUUAAUUAAGUUGUGGCAUUUUAUUUACAAUCUUGCUUUUAUUCUAGAAGUUUGAGGUUUGAAGCUAUCCUUCAGGCAUUCAGAUGGCCUCUUCAUGUAUUUUUUAAAAAAGAACAGAUAUGUAUGUACACUCCAGGAGCCCCAAGAAAGAGGCAGAAACAUUUGUGAGAAAUGGAAAAGGAGUUGUUAGCAUUUAUGUAGCUUGAAUCAAUAAAACCCCAACCUGAUGCUCUUUGUAGUUUGGUUACUUAUACCUGAAUUGUCUUUGUUGAUGUGAUUUCCUUGCAAGUAAUAAGUGGGUGUAAGACUAUUCCAUCUUGGAUUUUUGUCUUCCUUGCUAGUGAAGUUUGGUUUUUUCUGCAGUGGUAUAACUAUCAGUUUGCGGUGUCUGCCUGACACUGCAGACUGCAGUCUUUUCUUCAAGAUACCUCAUAGAAGUUGACAUUGUGCUCCUAUCUGUGAUUCUCACUUCUUUCAUACCACCUUGUAAAAUCCAUGGCGUGCCUUUAUUCUGCUAGGGUCUUACAGUGAGAUGGCCAAUAUGCAUUAAUGUUCACUAACUGAGCACCAUGUGUUUUGGUGGUGGUGGGUUUUGCUUGUUUAGUGGGGGGUUUUGUGUGUGUUUUGUUGUUGGUUUUUGUUUUGUAUUGUGUUUGUUUGCUUUGUUGUUUGCCUUUUUUUUUUUUUUCCCAAUUUCUUGAAAAGUCAUAGUCUUGGAAAACCUGUUGAGCUAAUAGCAAUGUAUCCAUCACUUGGAUCUGUUUCAGGUCCUUUAUGUGUUUAUGUAUUUUAAACUCCCCAAAAGAAAAAACAAAACCAAAAACAGAUAUUCUGUGAAUCCUUGUUCUCUUCUUGAACCGAAAAACCCAUCUAUGCUUCUGGCAGCUCCUAGCAUUAUAUAGCCUCUUCCACAAGUUUUAAGAGUAAUAUGGUUUAUAUUUCCUUUAAAGCACAGAAGAUUUUGCAAGCUAUGUGGUAGCUUUACCGUGAUCCAUAGUAUGGUAUCAGGUAUGUUAAAUGAAUUCAUGUAUUCAGGGACAUAAGUAAAUAGUAACUGUAUAGGGAUCAAAAAAGCUGGUUGUCCUAUUGUCCUUGACUGAGAGAUUUCUGAAAAGUCUGGAAUAUAAUGUACAAAGAAUGUAUACUAGGAAGACCUCCUUUUGUGGAAUCUGACCAAGACCCCACUUCAGGUUCAGUCAGUCUUCCAGGUAGCUGAAUAAGCAUAUUUUCGGGGAAAACAAACAAACAAACAAACAAACAAACAACAACCACUAAACAACAAAACAAACAAACAAACAAACAAAAACUUAACAAAAAAAAUUAAGAUCGUUCUUUUUACUGUGGAGUUGUAAUGCAUCUCUAAUAGAAGUUAUUUCCUGAAAAUAUCUCAUGUUGUAAUAUAUAUUUCCAUGUAGGUCAGCAGAAAUAUUUACUGGAAAAAAUGGGCAACAGGAUCACAGGAUCUGCUAAUGUGUUUCUCAUGGAUAUAACUGUUGAGUUUCAAAACGUAAUAAAUGACCAAAAUAGGACAUCAGUAUGGAGAUCUUGAUAGUAGAAGAUAUAACUGAUGAUAAAAGUUUACCUUAAGUCCUUUACAUGAAAAUAUGAACCACAAAGUAAAUAUAUCGAAAUGGCCAGUUGCAACCCAACCCAUGGAGUUUCAUCAAAAUGCAGUUCCACCCAGAUUUAAAAAAAAAAAAAAAAAAAAAAAAAAGGCUAUUUCCUUUUAGUUUACUUUUAUACCAGCUUGGAAAAGCAACUCCAAAGACCACCCUAAGACAAUCAAGAAUCUCAGUAGCUUGACUAGAAUUUGGCCAUUGAAAAAGACCCAUGAGUUGAGUUGGUUUGCUUGGCUGUAGUUGAGACUUGAAUUUAUUCUCUGAAUUUCUCAUUCAUUAUGUUUUUGGGUUUUGUUUUGUUUAGUUUUUGUUUGUUUGUUUUGGAUUGGAUUGCUUUGGUGUUUUGUUUUGUUUUUUUAAAUAAAUGAAAGAUGAGGCUGGCUUCCUCCAGUUUCCAGAUGAGGCUGGCUUCCUCCAGCCUUCAGGUUUCCAGUCAAACGUAUACAUUUUUGUAUUGCUCCUAUCAUUUUUACUUGUUCAGUCCUUGUUUUCCCUGUUGUGAUCUUAUGUUAUAAAAAGUGUUUUUUUGUUUUUUUUAAAAAAGGGGGCAAAACAACCCCAAACCCAAAGACAUCAGAGUAGCAUCCUUGUCGUACAUGAGCAGAACCUGGCCAGGCGCCCCAGUGGCAUGGCUGGAAGGUCCUCACCGCAGCUUCAGGCAUUGGUGCCUCGUAAAACCCAGGCUUGUCUGGCAGAGAAAAAUGUCUAUGGUGUAACUUACGGGAAUUUUGAAAACUUGUUCUGUCUGUAAUUAGUUGUGUGUGGAUCACAUCGUUCGGUAGCGUUCAGCAGUUUAUUUUUGGUAGGUUUGUCUCCAACAGCAAGAAAAAGGCACUAGGGAGAUCAGACCAACACUGAAACUUCUUGUGUUUUGAAGGAGAAAGAUGACUCUGGUGUGCGAUUCCAGCCUCUGCUAAGACCUUUUGGUCGUGCUGAUCUGCUUUGACCCAAGGUGCCACAUGAGGGCUGCCGGGGCUCCCCAUGGAGAGGCAGGUCAGGGCCUGGCAGCUAGAGCCCAUCCCACCAUCCCAGACAGGAGCAGGGCAAGCCCAGGGGCAGCCUCAGCCACAGGCACUGGGAACCUCUGUGGGGUAUGACUGGGCCGUGGGCCUGGUUCUGUAGGGCUCAGGGCAUGGGUCUGCGGAGCUGGAGUCGGGCCUUGCUGUGGCAAUGCUGAGGUGGGGACUGAUGGUGCCGGGGGGGAAAUGGGGUCCUGGCCUGGGGAGGAGCCCCAGGUGGGCUGUUCAGGAGGAGUGAGGCCCUACAUACUGCAUCUCCAGGAGGACUUUGUGUCCAGUUGAGAGGGGCUUGUUUGGCAGUGUUUCUGCUGAUGUGAUAGGGUGCGUAACAUCAUAGAAUCAUUUAGGUUGCAAGAAAACUUUAAGAUCAUCAAGUCCAACCAUUAACCUAGCACUGGCAAGUCCACCUCUAAACUAGGUCCUUUAGUGCCACAUCUAUACCUCCUUUAAAUACCUCCAGGGAUGGCAGCCUGUUCCAGUAACGUGGUAACCCUUUCUGUGAAGAAAUUUCUUUCGGCUUCACCUUAGCACAGAGUAAAAUGAAAGCUGUGUGUGUAACCUGCGUGUAUGAGGUAGGGAUGAAGAUGCCUCUGAUCAUCUGACUGGAGGAAGGCUUGGAGAACUGGAGAUUCCUUUGUUUGACAUGCUAAGUUACUCUAAUAAUACUGAGCUGGAAGUUCACAUAGUGUGUGUGGUCUGACUGACCUUUUCAGUUGUGGUUGUGCAUAUACAUAUUCUUAACUUCUAGAAGCUCUGCUGACUCACUCUCAAAAUACAACGUAUGGGUAGUCAAACCACAGAAACUCAAUUUUGAGGUCAGUGCCUUGGGCUUCACAAUUAAUUUUGUAGUUUGAAGCUUUAAAACCAAACUUAAUGAUUUGUACUACUUUGACGGCUGCCAAAUUCUGUGAUGACUGUUGUUCAACAAGCACAAUUAUCUUUUGGUUUGGAUUUUUAAAACCCUAGAAAUUUAAUGCAACUGAUGUCUCUGAUCUUCUCAUACAUUUAUGAGUGUACAGGAGGAUGUUGAAGACAAUUGGAGACUUCACCUUGGGUCUUUAAUACUGUGGCUUUGAGAAUCCCUUUUGCCCAAUGUUUUGGAAGCUUUCUGCUCAUAAGGAAAAUGAGAAUACCUCUUCUACAUAACAAGCAUUAAAGCCAUAUAUUUUAAUAAGAGGCUGUAAAUGUAAAUUAGUCAGACAAUGGCAUUUUAAUAAUCUGUUUGGCGAGGUUAGCAUCGCAUUAAUAAGACUAUUUUAGAAGUCACAUUAUCUGUGGGUAAUGUGGUCUCAAGAGACUGGUUGUAUGUUGGAGGGCUUGUGGGAUUUAUGGAUUUGUUUCAUGGUGGUUGUGUCUGGUUGUUUUGAGGUUUUUUUCCACACUUCCUCUUCUCCUUUUGAGUUAGUGGAUUUGGUAACUCUUCCCUUACUCCACCUCCAUUCCCUUCUAAAUUUUCUUAUUGUGUUAUUCAAAAAUGUAAAGGAUUAUGGAAUGUGUUGCCUUAAAUAGUCAUGAUGGAAAUCUUGUGCAAAUCUUACUUUGUCUCCUUUGCUUGGGGGGUGUGUGUUGCCAGUGUAUUAACAUCUACACUUGAAAAUGUUCUUUGCUGGUGGGUAGGUGGGUCUCAGUUCCAUAUCCCAUGCUGACAAAAAGAGAGACAGACACACAUUGUGUUUCAGUGUCUUUUGAUAUAUGAGUUCAAACUAGCAGUUUGUUUUUCUUCACCCUUUGUGCAAUGCCUGAAUUUUAAAGAAAAAUGUGGAAAUGGCAGAGCUGAAUUCCUUACAAAAUGCUUCAUCCUGCUUACAGUGUGAUGCAUGGUGAAAACGUCCAAUUGAAGUCCUUUCAGCUGCAACUGAUAUUUGUUCCUCAUAGCUGCAGCAAGAUUAACCUCUUUUCUGACUUGGUGCUGCCUUUGUGAUAUAGACCCUCCUGAGAUUUAAGCUGGAACCCAUUAGAAAGUCUCCAUCAGUUUUUGUAAUCAGCAGCUGUUCAUGAUCUCUUCAACUCUUCCUUCUGAUUUGUAGCAGAAGCAUACUGCUGGUUUAAGACUGCCUAGACAGCAACCAGUGUUCUUGAGGAUACCCUCUCCAACCACCAGUGUAUUGUGACUGCUAGAGAUGCGGUUGUUGGUGGUUUUUACUUCCUGAAGCUGCCAGGAUUAUCUUGAUUCAGAAGCUCAGGAUUUUCUAAUGUAAAUGAUCAUUCCUGAACCAUGGAGGUGCUGCAGUGUGAUGGCUGUGAUUUUCGAGCUCCAUCUUAUGAAGAUCUUAAAGCUCACAUUCAAGAUGUUCACACUGCUUUUCUGCAGCCAACUGAUGUCUCUGAGGAAAGUCCUAGCCAGCCAAGGUCUGGUUCCAUGAAUGCUAGCAACCAGACUGAGGUUGAGUUUUCUUCUGUAAAGGAUGAAUUUACAAUUGCAGAUGAAAUAGCAGGGCAAAAUGCAACAAGUCAGAUGGGGACUGGAAGUUACUAUAGCCAGAGCCAGACUUUCUAUGGUCAGCACAUGGCUCCAAAUCCUAAACCAGCCAACAAGUUUUUCCAGUGCAAGUUCUGUGUGCGCUACUUCCGUUCUAAAAACCUCCUCAUAGAGCACACACGCAAGGUUCAUGGAGCACAGGCUGGGGGAAGUUCAGUGGGCCCACCAGCUGCUAGUUCCCUAAGUUACAACAUCAUGAUGCAUGAAGGGUUUGGCAAAGUUUUCAGUUGCCAAUUCUGCACCUACAAGUCACCCAGGCGUGCAAGGAUUAUUAAGCACCAGAAAAUGUAUCACAAGAACAACCUGAAAGAGAGUUCAACUCCUCCAGCUGCUACUGCUGCUGCUAUGUCUGAAUCAGCAUCUGCCUCUGUGCCAGUGCAGGAACCGUGCAAGGAGCUGCCUGCUGAGGUGGUGGAGCGGAGCAUUUUGGAAUCCAUGGUCAAGCCUCUCACAAAGUCUAGGGGCAACUUUUGCUGUGAAUGGUGCAGCUACCAGACACCUCGAAGGGAGCGCUGGUGUGACCACAUGAUGAAGAAGCACCGCAGUAUGGUAAAAAUACUGUCAAGCCUGAGACAGCAGCAAGAUGGAACUGGUGCACCUGAUGUACAGAGUAAGAGUGCCCAGAAUACCUCUCCAAACUCUAAUUAUAUCUCCAUGAAUACAACAGGACGUGAGAUGUCAAAUGCUAAUGUCUCAAACUUCAGGAGCUCUAUGAGCAAUUCUCUUAUCAGGCCCAACUCUUCUACAUCUUCCAAGUUUUCUUCUGUGUCUUACCCUCAAAUGAAGCCUAAGUCACCUCAUAACUCAGGCAUGGUUAAUUUGUCUGACAGAUCCCGCUAUGGAAUUGCUGAUAUGACGAAUUCUUCUGCUGACCUGGAAACAAGCAGUAUGCUAAAUGACUCCAGCUCAGAUGAAGAGCUAAAUGAAAUGGACAGCGAGAAUGGCUUGAACUCCAUGGAUCACCAGACCUCAGGAAUGUCUGCAGAGCAGCUGAUGGGAUCUGAUGGCAACAAACUAUUGGAAACAAAGGGGAUUCCCUUUAGAAGAUAUAUGAACAGGUUCCAGUGUCCUUUUUGCCCUUUCCUGACGAUGCACCGCCGAAGCAUUUCCCGUCACAUUGAGAACAUCCACCUGUCUGGGAAGACCGCUGUGUACAAGUGUGAUGAAUGCCCUUUCACCUGCAAGAGUUCGUUAAAGCUUGGUGCCCACAAGCAGUGUCACACAGGAACAGCAUCAGAAUGGGACACUAUGAACUCUCAGACUGAAAGCAUCGCAUCUUCUUUGAAUGACAGCACAGUGUCUUAUGAGAGUGGAAAUAUAAAUGGCAGGAAGUCAGGUGGGAUGAUGGAACCAGUGCAGCCUCAGCAGCAACAGCAACAGUCACCCCAGCCCCAUUCACAACAUCCCUACAAGUGCACUAUGUGCAACUAUUCCACCACAACUUUGAAAGGCCUCAGAGUUCAUCAGCAGCACAAGCAUUCAUUCUGUGACAACUUGCCAAAAUAUGAUGGACCACCAUCAAAUGCACCACAAGAGAGUGAGGCCGAUGCUCACCCUUCUGCCAGCACAGUGAAGAAGAGCCAGACCUCCAUUCUUGGGCUCUCAUCUAAAAAUAACUUUAUUGCAAAGGCCCCUCGGAAGGUGUCAAAUGACUUCCCCUUAGAUCUCUCUCCAGUGAAAAAGAGAACUAGAAUUGAUGAAAUAGCGAGCAACCUGCAGAGCAAAAUCAACCAAAACAAACAGCAAGAAGAUGCUGUGAUUAAUGUAGAGGAUGAUGAGGAAGAAGAGGAGGACAAUGAGGUGGAGAUAGAAGUAGAGUUAGACAGAGAAGAGGAGCAAACAGAACCAAUGAUAGAGGUUUCCAGUUCUUAUGCACCCCAGCAAAUGUGGGGCAGAGAGGCUAGUGAUUCCCAGAAGGAAACAAACUUCAGAAGCAUGCAGCAUGACUACAAUUCCUCCAAUGGAGCAGAAAUUGAGCUCACCUUAUCUGAAGAUGAGGAAGACUAUUAUUCUUCUGUGAGCAUGAAGGAUCACCAGAGCCCUAAUGCUUCAGUUCUGGGGAGCCAGUCAAACAUGUAUGGCACUGAUCAGAACAAUGAGAAUUCAGAGUUUAAUGACUCAGGCAGGCUUUACUAUUGUAAACACUGUGAUUUCAGCAACAAAUCUGCCAGGAGUGUUAGCACCCACUACCAGCGAAUGCAUCCCUAUAUUAAAUUCAGCUUUAGGUAUAUCCUGGAUCCAAAUGAUCACAGUGCAGUGUACCGGUGUCUUGAGUGCUACAUUGACUACACAAACUUUGAGGACCUGCAACAGCAUUAUGGAGAGCAUCAUCCUGAAGCUAUGAAUGUACUGAACUUUGAUCAUUCUGAUCUGAUCUACCGCUGUCGCUUCUGCUCUUAUACAAGCCCAAAUGUUAGAAGUCUGAUGCCACAUUACCAAAGAAUGCAUCCCACAGUGAAAAUUAACAAUGCAAUGAUAUUUUCAAGCUACGUUGUUGAGCAGCAAGAAGGGCUAAACACAGAAUCUCAGACACUGAGAGAGAUCUUGAAUUCUGCUCCAAAAACUAUGGCAACCUCCACCCCCAUGGCUCGCGGGGCUGGUGUGCCAGCUGGUUUCAAUAAAAGUGCCGCCAAGAGUUUUAGUCCUGAAUGUGAAAAUCAGAAGGAACCUUCAGUCAAUAGUGUGGUUGUUUAUGACUGUGACGUGUGUUCAUUUGCGAGCCCUAACAUGCAUUCAGUCCUGGUGCAUUAUCAGAAAAAGCACCCUGAAGAAAAAGCAUCAUAUUUCAGAAUUCAGAAGACUAUGCGUGUAGUCUCUGUUGACAGGGGCUCUGCCCUGGCUCAGAUGUCUUUUGAGUUGGGGAUGCCUGUCUCCCCAAAAUUGUCCAACUUGGCUUCUCAACCUCCACCUCCCCCACCACCACCCCCAGACCUUGCUUCUGAACUCUAUUAUUGCAAACACUGUUCAUACAGCAACCGCUCAGUUGUGGGAGUGCUUGUCCACUACCAGAAAAGGCACCCAGAAAUAAAGGUCACUGCCAAAUAUAUCAGACAGGCACCCCCCACUGCAGCAAUGGUGAGAGCUGGUGAGUUGUCAUCUGGUAUUCAGAGGCCACCAGUAUCAAUGCAGCAGUUGAGCCGGGGUGGAUCUGAGACCUCUGUGAAUCCUCCCGAGAAUGAAAUGUUCUUUUGCCAACACUGUGAUUAUGGAAAUCGGACCGUGAAAGGCGUGCUCAUUCAUUACCAAAAGAAGCAUCGUGACUUCAAAGCUAAUGCAGAUGUGAUUAGGCAGCAUACAGCCACCAUUAGAAGCCUUUGCGAUCGCAGCCAGAAGAAAUCAACUGGCAGCGUGCCUGCUCACACCUCCAGCACUGAACGGGACAAGUCAAAGCUGAGAGCCCUUAAAUGCAGGCAGUGUAGCUACACAUCACCUUACUUCUAUGCACUGAGGAAGCAUAUUAAGAAAGAUCACCCGAGUCUGAAGGCAACGGUCACAUCCAUUCUGAGAUGGGCAUUUUUGGAUGGCUUGAUAGAAGCUGGUUAUCACUGUGAAUGGUGCAUUUAUUCACACACUGAGCCAAGUGGUUUGCUUGUGCAUUACCAAAGGAGACAUCCUGAACAUUAUGUUGACUACACAUAUAUGGCAACUAAACUCUGGGCGGGUCCUGAUCCCUCCCCUCCUGCUCUAGUGAUGCCAACAGAGAUGAAGAGCUAUAAAUGCAGAGACUGCAUUUUUGAAGCAUCUUCCAUUUGGGAUAUUACUAAUCACUACCAAGCAUUUCACCCUUGGGCCAUGAAUGGAGAUGAAUCUGUAUUGUUAGAUAUCAUUAAGGAGAAAGAUGCUGCUGAGAAAUCCAUCCCACAGGUUGAUGAAGCUGCGGCCAGGAUGGAUUCUGAAGACCAGAUAACAACAUCACAGCUGGAUCAGGAUGCAGAGUGUGCAGAGGAUCCCAGCCUUUCCCAGGAAAAAACUGUCCAGCUGGCUUCUGCAAACCCUGCUAUCUCUUCCACUCCAUAUCAGUGUACAGUUUGCCAGUCUGAGUACAACAACUUACAUGGUCUUCUGACACAUUAUGGCAAAAAGCAUCCUGGCAUGAAAGUGAAAGCUGCGGACUUUGCUCAGGAUAUAGACAUUAACCCAGGGGCUGUAUACAAGUGCAGACAUUGCCCAUACAUUAAUACACGUAUUCAUGGUGUUCUCACACACUACCAGAAACGGCACCCAUCAGUAAAGGUCACUGCUGAGGACUUUGUGCAUGAUGUGGAACAGUCAAAUGACAUUGCUCAGAAUGACGUGGAAGAGACUAGUAGGAUUUUCAAGCAAGGCUUUGGUGCUUAUCGGUGCAAACUCUGCCCUUACACCCAUGGAACGCUUGAGAAGCUGAAAAUUCACUAUGAGAAAUACCACAAUCAGCCUGAAUUUGAUGUUUUUGCCCAGUCACCACCAAAGGUGUCUACCUCAGUGGAGCCAGACAUGGUGACUGAAAUCAAGACCUCUCCAGAAAUUGCUGCUGAGGAUGUUGGAGAACUCUCUGUGCCAGCACCUCAUUUCUCCAGUUCUCAUUUAGUGUCUCACACAGUUUUCCGGUGUCAGCUCUGUAAAUACUUCUGCUCCACCCGGAAGGGGAUAGCUAGGCACUACCGCAUCAAACAUAACAACGUCCGGGCACAGCCAGAGGGCAAGAACAACCUCUUCAAAUGCGCCUUGUGUUCUUACACCAACCCUAUCCGUAAAGGGCUUGCGGCACACUACCAGAAAAGACAUGACAUUGAUGCUUACUACACUCACUGCUUAGCAGCCUCCAGGACAGUAAGCGACAAACCCAAUAAAGUGAUCAUUCCAUCUCCUCCCAAGGAUGAUACUCCUCAGUUAAGCGAGGAGUUGAGGAGGGCUGUAGAGAAGAAGAAGUGCUCACUUUGUUCCUUCCAGUCCUUCAGCAAAAAGGGUAUUGUGUCCCACUAUAUGAAGCGUCACCCUGGUGUUUUCCCUAAGAAGCAGCAUGCGAGCAAGCUGGGGGGUUACUUCACUGCUGUGUAUGCUGAUGAACAUGAAAAGCCAGCUCCAGCUGAGGAGAGGAAUGACUUUGAAAAGCCUGAGGUGGAGACUGAGGCUCAGGAAAUUGAGUGGCUUCCCUUCAGGUGCAUAAAAUGUUUCAAACUGUCUUUCAGCACAGCAGAGCUGCUGUGCAUGCAUUACACUGACCACCACAGUAAGGAUUUGAAGAGGGACUUCACCAUACUGGGAAGUGGCACACGUUCUCAGAACCCUGUCUACCAGUGUAAGCACUGUGAUAUGAAGUUGCAUAGCACAGCAGAGCUGACUGCACACUUGAAUGGUCACAACGAGGAAUUCCAGAAGCGUGCCAAACGUCAAGAGAGGAGGAAGCAGCUUAUGAGCAAGCAGAAAUACGCAGAUGGUGCUUUUGCAGAUUUCAAACAGGAGAGGGCUUUUGGACACUUGGAAGAUGUUUCAAAACUUAAAGAAAGGAAGGUGGUUGGCUACAAAUGCAAAUUUUGCGUGGAAGUCCAUCCAACACUUCGAGCCAUCUGUAAUCACCUCCGCAAGCAUGUCCAGUAUGGGAAUGUCUCUUCUGUGUCAGCUACAGUAAAGCAGGAAGCUGAAGAUUCUUCAAACACAACUUUGAUGGAGGGUUGUGAGGGAACCAAAGACCCUGGCAUUGUGGAAUUUACAGAAGCUGAAUCUGGAGCAUCCUUGGAAGAUGAAACCAGGCCUGGGGGCUACCACUGCAGCCAGUGUGACCGGGUUUUGAUGUCUAUGCAGGGUCUGCGAUCUCACGAGAGGAGUCACUUGGCUCUGGCCAUGUUUACCCGGGAAGACAAGUACAGCUGCCAGUAUUGCUCCUUUGUCUCUGCUUUCAGGCACAAUCUGGAUCGUCAUAUGCAGACACAUCAUGGACACCAUAAGCCGUUCCGUUGCAAACUGUGCCCAUUCAAGUCCUCUUAUAAUAGCCGCCUGAAAACUCAUAUACUCAAGGCUCAUGCUGGUGAACAUGCCUACAAAUGUUCCUCCUGCUCAUUUUCCACCAUGACAAUCAGCCAGCUGAAAGAGCACUCCUUGAAAGUGCAUGGGAAAGCACUGACACUACCAAGACCCCGCAUUGUCAACCUUGCAGCCUCACACGCCCACCACACCUCCAAGAACCACACUCCUGCUGAAGAAGUGGAGGACUCUAAUGACUCUUCGUACUCCGAGCCUCCUGAUGUUCAGCAGCAGUUGAACCACUACCAGUCUGCAGCUUUGGCCAGGAACAACAACAACAUCAGCCCAAUCCCACUUUCUGGGAGUGCUGCAGGAGUGGAAAAAACGGAAGCCAUCCUUAACUGUGAAUUUUGUGAAUUCUCCUCGGGUUACAUACAGAGCAUUCGGCGUCAUUACCGUGACAAGCAUGGAGGGAAAAAACUCUUCAAGUGCAAAGAUUGUUCCUUUUAUACAGGCUUUAAAUCUGCUUUUACUAUGCACGUGGAAGCUGGGCAUUCGGCAGUUCCUGAGGAAGGACCCAAAGACCUUCGCUGUCCUCUUUGCCUCUAUCACACCAAAUAUAAACGCAACAUGAUUGACCAUAUAGUUCUGCACAGAGAAGAGCGAGUCGUUCCCAUUGAAGUCUGCCGUUCAAAACUGUCAAAGUACUUGCAGGGAGUUGUUUUCCGCUGUGAUAAGUGUACCUUUACCUGCUCCAGUGAUGAGAGCUUGCAGCAGCACAUAGAGAAGCACAAUGAACUGAAACCUUACAAAUGCCAACUCUGCUAUUAUGAGACCAAACACACAGAGGAGCUGGACACUCACCUUCGAGAUGAGCACAAGGUGAGUCGUAAUUUUGAGCUUGUUGGACGAGUUAACUUGGACCAGUUGGAACAAAUGAAGGGGAAGACAGAGAGCUCCAGCAGUGAUGAAGAAGAAAAAGAAGAAGAGUUAAGUCCCCAGACUGAAGAGAGAGAUUCCAUGAUGUUUCAUGACAGCGGUGCUCCAGAGAAGCGCUUCCCAUGUGAGUUCUGUGGCCGAUCAUUUACAGAAGGCUCUGAGUGGGAGCGACAUGUGCUGAGACACGGCAUGGCACUGAACGAAAGCAAGCACAGGACCAGUGAGAACAGCCAGCCCAAGGAGGAUGUAGAAGAAACUGUUAGCACACUGCCAGAAGAAAAAGAAUGCAUUGAGCAAAUGGUGGUGGACUAUUCCCACAACAGUGAAACAGCAGUCAGCGUGGUAGCUGCUGACAAACCUCUCCAAGACAACUCAGAGGCCAAAAACGAAUAAGUGUUUGGUGUGAUACGAAUCAACGUACUUGAACAGUGAUGAACGGGGUGGGGGCGGGUGGAUGGGUUAGGCAGAAGGAAGAAAUAAAGCUGCUUUUAGGACUGAAUGAUCUAUUUUCAAAGCACUGGUACCUGUGUGUGUGUGUGUAUAUUAAAGUUAUUUAAGUGAUGGAAUAAGUGGCUCCAUUACAUCACUGCAUCUUUUCUUCUGGAUCUUGACCAUGGGAAGUUACAUUCGUCUUGGACUAAUGAAGCAACUCCCUGUAUUCCUACAUUACACGUCGUGCUUUGCAGUGGAGACUUGGAUUGUUUGUGAAUGGAAGCGUCGUGAGCGUGGAAGAAGUAGGGGGAUAACUUUUCAACGCACAAAUUUGUGUGCGUUUUUCUAGUUUUAAUACAUAAUGCUUUUCCAGACUGAAUGCAACUGCUUUAGAAAAGAAAAAAAAAAAAAAAAAAAAAAGGAAAACAAAAAAGGAAAAUAAAAACAAAACAGAAACUACUUUGCUUAAAACAGUCACCUGUUUCCUAGUACCUCAGAAUUAACCAAGGGAAAUCUCUGCAUUUGUCAGUACUACCUGUUGUUAUUGUGGUUAAAUGUAGAGAGACUGUUGAGCAAAGUGGUGAAUGGAGGAUGAAAAAAAGUUUUAAAGAAAGGAAAACAAAUUGUGCUUAAAAUCCCAGUGUGGGUUUUAUUUCUUAAAAUACUGUGAUUUUUUUAAUUAUUUUAGUAAAAAAAAAAACACAAAAAAAAGAGAGAGAGACUUUAAUUCCUAGAUAACUGUUUGUGAAUUGUCAUCCUUUAUUCCAGGUAAGCUGUUUGUUAGUGUUCAGUUAUAAUUUUAGGAUUUGAUAGAUUUCAUGUGACUGAUUGUGCAGUUUUGUUUGCCACAUGUUUAUUUUCUAUCAGCCUGCGGUGUUACAAAUACAGCACAAUUAAGUUUCUCAUGUAAAACAAGUAUUUCUUUUCAAGGGGGGGACAGGGAAAGGAGACUAGAUCUUGUGAAUAGAACUUUUUGUUGUUGUUGUUAAUUUUAAACAUGGAAAUAACAAAGAAGUUUUAACUUUUUUUAAAAAAACUAAAGAACCAAACUUACGGCACAGCUAUGCAGCUCAUGGGCCAAACACAUAGGUCCUCAUAACCAUUCUGUUGCUUGUCAUAUUAACAUUUAUCAGUCUCACACCAGUAACUUUUUGUUAAGAUUGGCAGCCUUUUUUUCUUAUGUUUGUGGUGUGCAUGUUUUCUUUUUGUUUUGGUGUGGUGGGAGGGAAGGGUGUCCGUUAACACAUCUUUUUGCAAGUGGAGGUGAAACGGUUACAUACGACCUUGAGCCUGGAGAACUACUUUUACUCGAUUCAAGAGGGAGUUGCUAAGUUUUUCCCCUCCUUAGCUUUUAGCGUGAGGGGAGCAGUGUAGGAUGAAUCGGAACCUGCAUACCUAAGUGGCUGAUCCUGCACUACUUCUCAGGUGGAAAACCUACCAAACUCAACAGGAAUUUUGCCUGAGCAACAAGUACAGGAUCUGGUGCCCAUGGUAUGUUAUGAUUGUGAACAAAAUAAAAAAUUAAAAAAAAAAAAAAAAAAAAAAAAAGAAAAAAAAAAAAAAAAGGACUUUCUUUCCAAAAAGUAGAAAGUACUUGACUGAAACCUAGUUUUAGAAAUGCAUGUGUCUUUGUUUGUUUUUUUUUGUUUUGGGGGGGAACUGUGGGAGGGGGAGGGGGGAAAGUAGGAAGCUGCUGAGGAAACGGUGUCCUAGAGAGCUUCACAUAAAAUUGAUGGCAAAAAUGUUGCAUUUGUGGAAUAAGUGCUACUUGAGAAGCAUGGUGUUUUGCUUUUGGGGAUUCAUCAGUUGUGUGCUAGGGGGAUUCUUUUGAUUUUUUUUUUUUGGUUGUUGUUUUUUUGUUGUUUUGUUUUUUGAAGUAGGGAGGGAAUGUCAUGGAAAAACACAUUUGAGGGAUAAGUAUAAAUACACAUUUUGUGUCUGUAUUUGUUUUUUAAUUGGCCUCAUUUCAAAUGUAUUUAAACAGUUCCAUACCUGGAUUGGGUGUUUGUAAUUGUUACCAAAAAUGAAAAAGAAAAAAAAAAUGAUUGUGACAUGCUUUUAUCACUACUUUAUUUUUCAAAUAACAUGUAAAUAUUGUAAUCCAUUGGAUUUUGUUUUGCUAACCUGUUAAUAAAAAAUACGGGACCAUUAUCCUUUUAACAAACCUAGAAUGUCAUAUUAUUUUUCCUUUUUUUUUUCUUUUCCCAAAAAUGUAUACCUGCUAUAUUGUGGACACACAUUUUAGAUGCAUUAUGAUUCUGUUGACUGUAAUGACAUAGAAUUGAAAAUAACAUUUUUUUCAUUGUUUAAUUUAUACAGAGGACUUUUUCAGAGUUUGACAGAAGGAAAUAAUAGCAAAAUGCUAACCCAUUGGCUUCAGCACUCGGUAUUUCCUGAUUUUAAAAUUACUGCUUACUGAUGGGGGAUAGGAAGGGGAUACUGAACUGUUGCACUGACGGGUUUGUUUUUUUUAAGAAAAAAAAAAAAGAAAAUUAAUAAAAUCUUUUUAAGAGUGUG